CCGAUAUGCCCUUAGGCACGGCCAUACAUAAUAUAGAAAUCACACUUGGAAAGGGUGGACAAUUAGCUAGAGCAGCGGGUGCUGUAGCGAAACUGAUUGCAAAAGAGGGGAAAUCGGCCACAUUAAAAUUACCUUCUGGAGAGGUCCGUUUGAUAUCCAAAAACUGCUCAGCAACAGUUGGACAAGUGGGAAAUGUUGGGGUAAACCAGAAAAGUUUGGGUAGAGCCGGAUCAAAAUGUUGGCUAGGUAAACGUCCUGUAGUAAGAGGAGUAGUUAUGAACCCUGUCGACCACCCCCAUGGAGGUGGUGAAGGGAGGGCUCCAAUUGGUAGAAAAAAACCCGUAACCCCCUGGGGUUAUCCUGCGCUUGGAAGAAGAACUAGAAAAAGGAAAAAAUAUAGUGAGACUUUGAUUCUUCGUCGCCGUAGUAAAUAGGAGAGAAAAUCGAAUUUCUUUCUUCGUCUUAAAAAAAAUAGGAGUUAAUUAACUGUGACACGUUCACUAAAAAAAAUCCUUUUGUAGCAAAGCAUUUAUUAAGAAAAAUAGAGAAGCUUAAUACAAAGGCGGAAAAAGAAAUCAUAAUAACUUGGUCCCGGGCAUCUACUAUUAUACCCACAAUGAUUGGCCAUACUAUCGCUAUACAUAAUGGAAGGGAACACUUACCCGUUUAUAUAAUCGACCUUAUGGUAGGACAUAAAUUGGGAGAAUUUUCACCUACUAUAAAUUUUAGAGGACACGCGAAAAAUGAUAAUAGAUCUCGUCGUUAAUUAAAUGAAUUCAAAAAAAUGAAUAAUGAAUAUAAUUUUUUUUUUUAGUGAGAGGUAAACCUUAUGAUAAAGAAGAAAAAGAAGAAAUCAUAUACUUCCGUAUAUGCUUUAGGGCAAUAUAUAUCUAUGUCUGCCCACAAAGCACAGAGAGUUAUUGAUCAGAUCUGUGGACGUUCCUACGAAGAAGCACUUAUGAUAUUAGAACUUAUGCCGUAUCGAGAAUGUUAUCCCAUUUUUAAAUUAGUUUAUUCUGCAGCAGCAAAUGCUAGUCACAAUAAGGGUUUCAAAGAAACCAAUUUAGUCAUUAGUAAAGCUGAAGUGAAUCAAGGAAAUACGGUGAAAAAAUUAAAACCUCGGGCACGAGGACGGAGUUACCCAAUAAAAAGAUCCACUUGUCAUAUAACUAUCGUAUUGGAAGAUAUAUCCUUAUAUCAACAAUAUGAAGAAUAUUUAAUGUAUUUAAAAAAACCUGGAUGCAGCAAUGAAAACAUAAAUCUAACAUGUUACGAUACAUAUAGUAGUGGAGGCCCAUGGGACAAAAAAUAAAUCCACUUGGUUUCAGACUUGGUACAACCCAAAGUCAUCAUUCUAUUUGGUUUGCACAACCAAAAAAGUAUUCUGAAGGUUUAGAAGAAGAUAAAAAAAUACGAGACUGUAUUAAAAAUUAUGUCCAAAAAAAUAUAAGAAUAUCCUCUGGUAUGGAGGGAAUUGCACGUAUCGAAAUUCAAAAAAGAAUCGAUCUCAUUCAAAUCAUAAUCUAUAUAGGAUUUCCUAAAUUAUUAAUUGAAGAUAAACCCCGAAGAAUCGAAGAAUUACAGAUGAAUGUUCAAAAAGAACUUAAUUGUGACAAUAGAAAACUCAACAUUGCUAUUACCCGAAUUUCCAAUCCGUAUGGGCAUCCUAAUAUUCUUGCAGAAUUUAUAGCUGGCCAAUUAAAAAAUCGCGUUUCUUUUCGAAAAGCAAUGAAAAAAGCUAUUGAAUUAACUGAACAGGCGAAUACAAAAGGAAUUCAAGUACAAAUUGCAGGACGUAUCGACGGAAAAGAAAUUGCACGUGUUGAAUGGAUCAGAGAAGGCAGAGUUCCUUUACAAACAAUUGAAGCUAAAAUUGAUUAUUGUUCCUAUACAGUUCGAAAUAAAAAUUUGGAUAUUCGUAGAUGAAGAAUAAAAAAACUUUAUUUGUCUUUACAUUUUAUCCAAUGAUAAAAAACGAAAACUAUGUAGUAUAACACUAUAAAGAAAUAAAAAUAAAAACUUGUAGUCUUCUUUUUUAUGUUUAAGAAAAAAAAAAAAGCAAUUCUAUAAGGUUGAAUAAACAUUUCCAUCAAAACUCCUUUGAUAUAAUUGCUAUGCUUAAUGUGUGACUCGUUGGUUUAGGGUUAGAUUACGAUAAAAAAAAAAGAACUUACCAACUAAUAACUACAGCAUUAAUAAAUAACCUAAGCAACUCAUUGCUUCGCAUUAUCUGGAUCCAAAAAAUUAGUCAAGAUAUGAUAGGCUGAUCAUAUCAUUGGAGCAACUGACUAAAAAAAAGAAUAAAGAAAGAUGAUUAUUAAGUUAUGAAAGGUAAUCAAAAAGUAUGCGGAUAAAUGGAAGGAUGAAAGAAAGAGCGAAAAAAUUGAAUAUUAAUGAUAUAUGAUUCCAAUUUGGAAAAUCUAUGAGGUCACUGUAAGAAAAGCAAUGUAAUAAAGCAUCAAUACAGAUUCAUUUAUAAUAAUUAGAUAAAUCUGUUCCGAAAACAAAAAAUUAAGAGCCUUGAGCCAAUAAAAACUGAGAAAAUUGCCUCAAAAAAAAAAAAUUCAAAAUUUCAUGUAAAAGCUCCAUUGUAGAAUUCAGGCCUAAUGAUUAAUCAAUAAGCGAUGGGAACGACGGAACCCAUGAAUAUAUAGGAUUCUAGUGAACAAGAAAUCUUAGUAAUUCAUUGGACAGGAUAGCGGAAUAAACCAGAAACUUUAUUAUCUAUUCUGAUUUCUGAUUUUGAUUCUGAGACCUCGGGGGAUAAACAGCAAACUUAAAUAGAUAUUGAAAGAGUAAAUAUUCGCCGGCGAAAAAUUGGUUUUUUUUUCAAAUAAAAACAGUAAUAAAAGAUGAAAAAAACAAUGAAAAAAAUAAAAUAAGGAUUUGUUAUAAUAUUCUAACUCUAAUAAAAAUUACAUUUGUAAUGAUGAUAUUACGUUAUUUUUAAAUAAAUCGAAAUAAAAUUGAUCUUUGAUUCUAUUUCAAAAAAGACAUACACAAAUUUAGAAGAGAUAAGAUGAAAUAAAAAAAAUACCAUGAUUAAUAGGAUUAAUCAUUAACUACAUCUAUAUCUUAAUUAAUCCUUUUAUUCGCGAGGAGCUGGAUGAGAAGAAACUCUCACGUCCAGUUCUGCAGUAGAGAUGGAAUUUCUCAUUUAGAAAAAACCCAUCAACUAUAACCCAAAAAGAACCAAAUUUCGUAAACAACAUCGAGGAAGACUAAAAGGAAUAUCCUCUCGUGGGAAUCGUAUUUGUUUUGGCAGAUAUGCUCUUCAAACACUUGAACCCGCUUGGAUUACAUCUAGACAAAUAGAAGCAGGGCGACGAGCAAUGACACGAAAUAUACGACGUGGUGGAAAAAUUUGGGUACGUAUAUUUCCAGACAAGCCAGUUACAGUAAGACUCGCGGAAACGCGUAUGGGUUCUGGGAAAGGAUCCCCAGAGUACUGGGUAGCUGUGGUUAAACUAGGUAAAAUCCUUUAUGAAAUGGGUGGUGUACCAGAAAAUAUAGCCAGAAAAGCUAUUUCAAUCGCGGCAUCAAAAAUGCCUAUAAAAACCCAAUUCAUUAUUUCUGAAUAGGAAUAUAGAAUGAAAAAGCUAAAUAACAUUUAAGGAUAAAAAGAUUAUAAGUUUUUUUUUGACAAACAAUAUUUUUUUUACUUCGUCCUUUGCACUAAAAGAAGAGAUACAAAAAUAUGAUUCAACCACAAACCUAUUUGAAUGUAGCAGACAACAGCAGGGCUCGAAAAUUGAUGUGUAUUCGAAUAAUAGGAGCUAGUAAUCGCCGCUAUGCUCAUAUUGGUGACGUUAUUGUUGCUGUAAUCAAGGAAGCAAUCCCAAAUACUACUCUAGAAAGAUCAGAAGUGGUCAGAGCUGUAAUUGUACGUACUUGUAAAGAACUCAAACGUAAGAAUGGGACGAUAAUACGAUAUGACGACAAUGCCGCAGUUGUCAUUGAUCAAGAAGGAAAUCCAAAAGGAACUCGCGUUUUUGGGGCGAUCCCACGGGAAUUGAGACAAUUAAACUUUACUAAAAUAGUUUCAUUAGCUCCUGAAGUAUUAUAAGACCUAAAUAUCGAUAGUUAAUAUAGGAUAUGAUUAAAAAAAUGGUAUUGAAAUCAAAUUAAUUAUAAUUAAUAGAUUGUGUAUCACGCAUAUACCCUUAAUAAUUUUAUAUAUUAAUAAUUGAAUUCAUAUAUUAAUAUAUAAUUCGUCUCUAUUUUUAUAUAAAUAAAAGAAAAAUAACAUGUUGAUUAUAUCAAAAUUAUAGAACAAUUAAGGAAUUUUAACUUAUCAUGGGGAAAGACACUAUUGCUGAUAUAAUAACCUCUAUACGAAAUGCUGACAUGAAUAGAAAAGGAACAGUUCGGAUAGGAUCGACUAACAUCACCGAAAGCAUUGUUAAAAUACUUUUACAAGAGGGUUUUAUCGAAAACGUAAGGAAACAUCGCGAAAACAAUCAAUAUUUUUUGAUUUUAACCCUAAGACAUAGACGAAAUAAGAAAGAAUCCUAUAAAACGAUUUUAAAUUUAAAGAGAAUAAGCCAACCGGGUCUACGAAUCUAUUCUAACUCUCAACGAAUUCCACAAAUUUUAGGCGGAGCACACGCAAUGGAGCCGUAGAAUACGACCCUAAUCGAAAUGCACACGCAAUGGAGCCGAUAAAAAAUUCUCGAAACAAUCAACCUCUUAUUUUAGUCUAACUAGGCGUUGUUUCCCGCCAUUUCAGAAGCGUCGCCGGCGUCUUUCCCGGUGAAAGUUCCCGCGCAAUCUGUACACUAUAUUCCCUUAACCUCCCAGUUCCCAUCACCACACUCUCUCACUUUCCCUCCUUCUCUCUCUCUCUCGUCUCUCCACCUUCCCUGUUCGCUUGUUCACUCUCCGCAUGGCGCCGUCUCGCCGUCAGAUCAGCGGAAGGUCUCCGCUGGUGAAUCCUCAGCGUCAAAUCACCUCCUUCUUCGGCAAAUCCGCUUCAUCUUCUUCUCCGUCUUCAUCGCCACUCUCCAAUCACAAAACCCCCAAAUCUAACCCUAACCCUAAUUCUCCGUCUCCGUCGCCACUCUCCAACACCAAAACCCCCAAAUCAAAACCUAACCCUAACUCUCCGUCUCCAUCGCCUCUCUCCAAUACCGCAACCCCCAAAUCUAACCCUAACCCUGAUUCUCCGCCACUCUCUAACAAUAAACUCCCCAAAUCGAAUCCUCCUGCACGUAGUCCAAGCCCCGGUCCGACGACUCCUUCUCCUGUACAUCCUAAGCUCAAGAAGCCACUUCUAGUCAUCGGACAGACUCCUUCGCCUCCGAAAUUUACGGAAACUACGUAUGGAGACGAGGUGGUGGGGAAGCAAGUUAGGGUUUACUGGCCGUUGGACAAGAAAUGGUAUGAAGGGAGCGUGACUUCGUACGAUAAGGGUGAAGGUAAGCAUAUGGUUGAGUAUGAAGACGGGGAAGAGGAGUCUUUGGAUUUAGGGAAGGAGAGGAUCGAAUGGGUGGUUGGGGAGAAAUCAGGAGCGAGGUUUAAGCGAUUGAGACGAGGCGCUGCUUCGGCUUUCAGAAGAGUUGUGACGGAUGAAGAUGAAGAUGAGGAGAUGGGUAAUGUGGAAGAAGAGAAAGAAGAUAAAAGUGAUGGUGAUGAUUCUAGUGAUGAGGACUGGGGAAAGAACGUGGGGAAGGAGGUGUGUGAGAGCGAAGAAGAUGAUGUGGAGUUGGAUGCUGAGGAUGAUACGAUGGAUGAAGAAGAGCUGGUGGAGGAGAAAGAUGAAGAAACUCCUUCCAUAGCUGACUCUAGAAAGCGGAAGAAGACUAGUGAAGUAGCGAAACCAGGUGGUGAGAAGAAAAGCAAGACUGAUAAAGAAACUACCUUUAAAGGUUUUAAGGCUUCUGUUGUGGAGCCUGUGAAGCAGACUGGAGAAGCUGAUAGGGUGGUCAAGGGUUUGGAUGAUAACAUGUUGGAUGGGGAUGCUCUGGCUCGAUUUGGUGCGCGUGAAUCUGAGAAAUUUCGCUUCAUGGGAGUAGACCGAAGAGAUGCAAAAAGGAGACGCCCUACGGAUGAGAAUUAUGAUCCGAGGACACUCUACCUUCCACCUGAUUUUGUAAAGAGAUUAACGGGAGGCCAGAGACAAUGGUGGGAGUUUAAAUCAAAACAUAUGGACAAAGUUAUUUUCUUCAAGAUGGGUAAAUUCUAUGAGCUUUAUGAGAUGGAUGCGCACGUUGGGGCCAAGGAACUUGAUUUACGGUACAUGAAGGGAGAACAACCUCAUUGUGGAUUUCCUGAGAAGAACUUUUCUGUAAACAUCGAGAAAUUAGUUCAAAAGGGCUUUCGGGUUUUAGUCGUGGAGCAAACAGAAACACCUGAUCAGCUGGAGCGACGCCGAAAAGAGAAAGGCUCCAAGGAUAAAGUUGUGAAGCGUGAAAUAUGUGCAGUUGUUACAAGAGGCACGCUUACAGAUGGGGAGAUGGUAUUAACUAAUCCAGAUGCAUCUUAUCUGAUGGCGUUGACUGAAGGAGGAGAGAGUUUAACUGACGAGAAAGCAGAGCACAAUUUUGGUGUAUGUUUGGUUGAUGUUGCAACAAAGAAGAUAAUCCUGGGGCAGUUCAAGGAUGAUCAAGAUUGCAGUGCAUUGUCUUGCGUGCUCUCUGAGAUAAGGCCGGUGGAAAUUAUUAAACCAGCUAAUAUGUUGAGUUCUGCAACAGAGAGAACAAUAGUUAGAUACACCAGAAAUCCCUUGGUAAACAAUCUGGUUCCACUUUCUGAGUUCUGGGAUGCGGAGAAGACCAUACAUGAAGUUGGAACUUUCUACAAAGGAAUCAGAUGUGAACCGUCUUCUGCUUAUUCCGGUGAGGAAAAGAUUCUAGGGGAUCCAUCCCUUAAUGAAAGUGGUUCAAGCUUCCUUCCAAAAAUGUUGUCUGAAUUAGCAUCUGGAGAUAAGAAUGGUAGCCUGGCACUCUCUGCUCUUGGUGGUGCCAUUUACUACCUGAGACAAGCUUUCUUGGAUGAGAGUCUACUUAGAUAUGCCAAGUUUGAAUCCCUGCCAUACUCUGAUUUCAGCAACUUUACUGAGAAACAGCACAUGGUUCUUGAUGCUGCUGCUCUUGAAAACCUUGAGAUAUUUGAAAACAGCAGAAAUGGAGGCGUUUCGGGGACGCUGUAUGCACAAUUGAAUCAAUGUAUCACUGCGUCUGGGAAACGGUUGCUGAAAACAUGGCUGGCAAGACCUUUAUAUAAUCCAGAACUGAUUAAGGAACGCCAAGAUGCUGUAGCAAUUCUUCGGGGGGAAAAUCUCCCAUACUCGCUGGAAUUCCGGAAGGCGCUGUCAAGACUUCCAGACAUGGAGCGGUUGAUUGCACGUAUCUUUUCUAGCAUUGAAGCUAGUGGAAGAAAUGGAGAUAAAGUGGUUCUAUAUGAGGAUGUAGCAAAGAAGCAGCUACAAGAGUUCAUAUCAACUCUACGUGGUUGUGAAACAAUGGUAGAAGCAUGCUCGUCCCUUCGUACUAGUUUGACGCAUGAUAAAUCCAGACGCCUGCGUCAUUUGCUUACUCCUGGUCAAAGUCUUCCAAACAUAUCACCCUUCAUUAAGUAUUUCAAGGAUGCUUUUGACUGGGUAGAAGCUCACGAUUCUGGACGUGUAGUACCUCAUGAAGGAGCUGAUGAAGAAUACGAUUUUACCUGCAAAACGGUAAAAGAAUUGGAAGUCAGUUUGACGAAACAUCUGAAGGAGCAACGAAAAUUACUCGGAGAUGCAUCGAUAAAGUAUGUUACAGUUGGGAAAGACGAAUAUCUCUUGGAAGUUCCUGAAAGUUUAAGUGGGAGUAUUCCUCAGGAUUAUGAAUUAUGCUCAUCCAAAAAGGGUGUCUUUCGAUAUUGGACUCCUACCAUCAAGAAAUUAUUAAAAGAGCUAGCACAAGCGAAAUCUGAAAAAGAGUCGGCUCUAAAGAGCAUUUCGCAAAGAUUGAUUGGACGUUUCUGCGAGCAUCAAGAAGAAUGGAGACAACUGGUUUCUGCAACAGCUGAGCUAGACGUGUUGAUCAGCCUCGCUUUUGCAAGUGAUUCUUACGAAGGAGUAAGAUGCCGUCCAGUAAUAUCAAGUUCUAAAUCUGUUGAUGUUCCGCACUUGUCAGCCACUGGUCUAGGGCAUCCAGUUCUGAGGGGUGAUUCAUUAGGCAGAGGCUCUUUUGUACCAAAUGAUGUAAAGAUUGGUGGGUCUAAGCAGGCCAGCUUCAUCCUCCUCACAGGCCCUAAUAUGGGUGGAAAAUCAACCCUUCUUCGCCAAGUUUGCUUGGCUGUGAUCUUGGCUCAGAUUGGAGCAGAUGUCCCAGCAGAAACCUUUGAGCUUUCGCCUGUUGACAGAAUAUUUGUCCGGAUGGGUGCAAAAGAUCAUAUUAUGGCAGGACAAAGCACGUUUUUAACAGAACUAUCAGAAACUGCUGUAAUGCUGUCAUCAGCAACUCGAAACUCUCUGGUGGUGCUAGAUGAGCUUGGACGAGGAACAGCCACAUCAGAUGGACAAGCCAUUGCGGAAUCCGUACUUGAGCACUUUAUAGACAAAGUGCAGUGUAGAGGAAUGUUCUCUACUCAUUAUCAUCGUCUCUCUAUGGAUUAUCAAACCAAUCCACAGGUAUCGCUUUGCCAUAUGGGAUGUCAAGUGGGAGAAGGAAGUGGUGGAGUGGAAGAAGUUACAUUUCUCUACAGAUUGACGCCUGGUGCAUGUCCUAAAAGCUAUGGAGUUAACGUUGCUCGCUUAGCUGGUCUUCCAGAUGAUGUACUUCAGAGAGCCGUGAUAAAAUCCCAAGAGUUCGAAGGCUUAUAUGGUAAAAACCAUAAAAAGGCUGAUCGUAAAAUGGCAGAAAUGAUAAAGCGGAUCAUCAGUGGUGUUGCAUCAGAUUCUGAUACUGCAACUUCAAAGCACUUGCUGUCUGAGCUACACUACAAGGCUAACACUUAUCUCCGGCUAAACAAUUGAUUUAGAUGCUCUACGCCUUUAGGAUUUGCUGUUCAGUUUGUAAGCAUUAACCAAAGCUCGAUCAAUGAGAUUUCUCAUGUCACAAAACUAAAAGCUUUGAGUAUAUACACUUUGGGGUUGGGGUUUCAUCUCCGUUCGUGAAGUUUUUUGGGGGUUUCAGACUCUUUGUAGUAGGUAGGAUCGGUCAAUUUUGUGUAUAUAAUGAUGAAAGUUCUCACAGAUUCUGCUUGAACAAACUUUUAUUUGGUUUAA